UAUAAGGUGAAUUUAUUUAAGAAGACUUUUCUCUUGAUUUACAACCUCAGACCUCACCUCCCCUUUCUCUCACUACCCAAGAGCUUAUCGGCGAGUCUGUGAAACCGGAGCUCGCCUUUCAGUUUCCGAUCGGAAGGACUGACUUUGGGUGUAAUGGCAGCGAGACUACAGCAAUUGCAAAGCAAGGCUUGCCAAGCCACACAAUAUGUGUCCAAGCAUGGCACCACCUACUAUAAGCAGUUAAUGGAGCAGAACAAACAAUAUGUAAAAGAACCAGCAACUGUUGAAACAUGUAGCGAAUUAUCCAAGCAGCUGUUCUACACUCGUCUUGCCAGCAUUCCUGGUCGCACUGAGACCUUCUGGAAGGAAAUCGACUACGUGAAGAAUAUGUGGAAGCACAGGCAGGAAAUGAAGGUUGAGGAUCUUGGAAUCGCUGCUCUGUUCGGGCUUGAAUGCUUUGCAUGGUUCUGUGCCGGUGAAAUUGUCGGAAGGGGAUUCACAUUUACCGGCUACUAUCCCUGAAAACGGACUGGGUAAUAAUUGUGGGAAUGAUUCGCGUACUCAUGGUCGGGCAGAUUGUCAUCAUGCAAGUUUUUUUAUUUCAAAGAGAGUUUGGCAAGCUGAUAAAUCAGUGUUAAAAUUGAAGGCCUCAAUAAUCAGUACAUCGGUAUUUGAAUUUUCUCUUAGUGGAGUGGUUUUGAACUUCACAUUGUUUUUAUCUUCAUUUAGAUAUUGUUACUGUGAUGAAUGUAGCUCCUUAUAAAAGUUUUGGUGUUGCCUUCAUAAAUUA